CAAAACAUGCUACUACGAAUUACCUUGAUCUAAACUUGUACUUUGCUGUAGUCACGUCUUUCUUCGCUGUGGUGAUCAAUGGGGGCCGCCAGUGCCAAAGCCCACUUGCGGUUGGCCAGUACCUGCGUCUGAACGAUUCCGCCUCUUCACACUAGUCCCCUGUUUUCGAGAGAGGAUUGUCACGAUUCUAACGCCAGGGCACACGGGCCGCUGUUGGUAUCACUCACCCCCCAUUUACUUUAGGACGAAAUGGGAAUGGUGCGUACGCACUCGCACGGAGACAAGAUCGGGCUCUUGAUAUCACAAUAGCCGGGUUAAGGGGCCUUGUCGCUGACAUGGUGGUCUGGAGUCCGUGUCUCCAGAUCGUAUCGAGAACGACCUUGCCUCUUCAUCUACGUCGAUCUUGUUUCUUAGCCCUGUACUUUCUCAACUUCAAGUCUCUUUACAUCUUUGUUGGCAAUCUUUGGCCGCCAAGAGCUGCAGCUGAGCUCAUGACGAAAACCUUUCUGGUUCUUUUGGAGGAAAUUUUGAGGGCUAUUGUGUUUUUCCGUAUUUGUGAUCAAUGCAGAAAGUUAUCGGUAUGAAUUCCACUGGUCUUUCUCGCGAGGAUGUGGAAACCGUACAGCGGUUGCGACAACUAUAUCCUCCUCACAUUCUUGCAUCUCUCUUCGACGAGGGCAACUCUGCAUUGCUCACACCUGCGCGAGAGUCGGUUUCUUCUUUUUCAAGUGGCUCUAUACGGUCUUCUGUGUCGUCAAGCCCAAAGGCAUAUAAUCGCUUUACAGGUAUAUCACACACGUCAUCGAUUACCACAAUCAGCGAGCGCGUCGUUUCGUCCCUCCCCCUCGGUGUCCAGUCGUUAAGGGCACCGUCUGUCUCAACCGCGACCAGCGGACCCCUAGGUUUGUCGAGAAGCAUAUCCGAUUACUCAAUCCGGGAACACGCGCUGAACGUUAGGUCCUUUCCCCAACGAGUGGUAGCCUCAACGCCCAUUUACUUCUGUGUUCACUGUGGUAUCGGCUUCGAGAAACGUGCCGACUGGGAAACGCAUGAGUGGAUAUUCCAUGAACGUCAAUCAUUCUGGCCCUGUCCCCAGCCUGGAUGUCAGGCGUUCUUCGAUUCCGGGCGUGCGUUCGAAGCCCACCAUCAAGCUGUGCAUGGCUGUGGACGAUGUGAUCAUGCUUCACAGGUUGUCCAGCUAUUGCCCGAACGGAAGGCCUGGGCUUGUGGCUUCAAGGGUUGCAAAGAAGUGUUUCUGGACUGGAGCAAGCGGUGCAAACAUGUUGCCAUGCACUACGAGGAUUUGGUGAAGCGGCAGGGAGACUUCCGUCAAUCUCCCGAGUGGACCUACUCGACAACCAUUCGCAACCUGCUUCGCCAACCUGAACUCCGAGACCAGUUCAAGAAAUUCAUGACAAAAUGCCAUGGACACUCCAAAAGUGCCUGGCCAAAUCUUGAAUGGCAGCCCGACAAGUGUGCUGAACUGCAGCGAUGUCUCGAAUACCGCGACUUUGGGCGAGGAAUUCCGGAUAUUAUUCAUCUCGCCUAUCGAUUAGGUCAUCCCAUUUAUUCAUCGAAACAGACCAUAUCAAGACCGCCUACUCCUCCUUCUGCUACAAUUUCACCUCCAGCUGUGUCACCGAGGAGUAGUUCGCUUCGCAGUCGUACUCGAUCGCGGUCUUUGAGGUCUGCAACGUCGACCACGAUACUUUCUCCGAGCUCUCCGCGUCGUUCAUCUUCUGGUAACUCGAAAUUAUACGACGGGGUAGCCUCCGCCGAAAUCAGGAUCUCAGACACAGCGAGUGCGAUCCUUGGCCAACCUCGGCAAGCGAUUUCACCGUCCUUGAACACUCAUCUAGCCGGAAACCUCAGCCCGGUACAAGCACCAAACGUAGUCUUGAGCUCGACAGAGCUGCAGCGCCCUCUGACAGCAACAAGGAAAAGGAUGGUCGCACGGGAGCCAGAGGUGCGAGGGACAUUGUCACAUGCAUUACUUGAAUUUUUAAAGGAAGGUCCACCAACUGGACGUACGAAAGGUGUAACCCGACCACGUCGUGCUCCAAGAGCAAUACCUAUCGUUCUUGAUCCGUAUGGAUUGGGUUUAAGCACCACGGCCGACGAAAGAGCGGAAGACCCAACGAGAAUGCCAUUCCAGUUGCAAGAUCAUUCCAACCCCUCCGUGCAUGAUAUUGACAGACCAAUAUCUCCAGUAACUGAAGACGAGACAGAAGGUUAUGCAUCUGGAGGGCCCCUUGUUUUAGCAGUCUCUGCUGAGCAAAGUGAGCAAAGCCUACAGAUGCAACAAACUAUGGAGUCCAAGGCCCAACCAACUCUACCUCUAGAGAAGCCAGCAGAGAAAGAAACGAACCAUAAGUCUGCGGACCCUGAAACUAUCCAGGAGACUGUUUUGGAGUUUGAGGCUAUGUCGUGUCAUUCUCACCAUAAUAGUCGUAGAAUUUUACCCCCAACUCCAGGACCGCCACCGUCGCAGCUUCUACCUCUUCCUCCGCCGCCAACGUUCGGGCCAGUGCCAAUUAAAUAUCCCGACACACCUACAACUGACAGUGGAGACGUACCUCCAUCACCAAUGCCUCCUGGCUUCACUGAUAUCGCCAACUGGCCCGCGCCUCCACUUAACCAAACACCAACCAAUCUAUUUCACGCUCAAAAUCUUGAUUCUUCGCCAACAACCGAAACCUCGAUCGGAAUUCCUAAGAUAGUUGAGCAUACCAUCCAACUCCCACAAAUCGAGCAGCCUGAACGACCGCGAACUGCGAAUUCAAGGCUGCAUCCGGAAGUUGUCAAACUCAAGCUACCGCCAAAACGAGUUCGAAGCUCAUCUCGCAGCCGGCCACGAGCCUUACGUUGGGCGAGUAUCGGAACUGUCAUAGAUCCACCUGUGCCUAGCCCUGGGGUUGACUUUAGAAGCAUGAUCUCACAGCCUCUGGACCUUUAUGAGUCUGGCUCACCGCCUGCUACGAAGACUCCAAUCAUCAAAGCUUGAACGAAUCCUUGCUUCCCAAAUUAUUCUAGUUACGUCUUUCAUGUGUCUAUGUAUGCUCUCUAUGUCACCUGUAUUGUGUUACGAAUACAAACUGCACGCCACGAUUUAUACACAUGUAAUUUUCAUUCGAUGAUACCCUCGAGGAGGAUGGCUCGUGCUGCUAAGCGGACCAGGUUGCCUACUAUGUGGUAUUUCAAAUGGUUUAGCGUCUCGUCAUUGUAUUAUACAAAACACCGCGCAGCGCACUCGCUUGGCGUCAACAACAAUUGUAGGCUAGGUUCGUCUAUUUC